UUUAAUAUUGGUUUUGUAAUUUCUUUUUUUUAUAUAUCAUUGUAAAUUUUUUUUUUUUUUUUUAAUAUGUUCUGUUUUUUAAAUAUUUUUUGAAAUGCAUUUUAAAACAAAAGUUUGUCAAAUAAUGCAUAACAUAAACACACAAUGCUAAAAAAUUGAUGAAUAAAUAGUCUUAUCCAUAUAAUAUAAACUUACAUACCCACAUUUACAUACAUAUGUACGUUUUUUUUGUAUGCUUUAUGAACUAACCCAUGCUUCUUAUAAAUUACCUACAUACAUACAUAUAUAUACAUGCAUACAUAUUUAUGAGUCAUGAAUGAAUGUCGGUUUCCGAUGUCGCGAUCACUUGCGCCAGCGAAGUCAGCACCAUUUAUUUUUGCCGGUCGCUUUUUGUUGUUAUCUAGUUUAUUUGGCGCUUUUUGUAGAUUUACUUGUUUGACAACAUUUAAGAAACUAGCGCGUGUGUUUAUACAUACAUACAUAUGCGCAAAUGUAUAUAUAUAUGUAUAUAAUAUAAUAAAUAAGCUUUUUAUAUACCAAUUUUCGAGUGUAUACUUUAAGAUAAAAUAAUUUACUAAUGUGCAAAAUUUACCCAGCGUGGUUUAUCACAAACAAAAAGUUGUUGAUUAAGUUUUAGGUUAGAAGUCUAUACAACAGUUUUGCGUUUUUUUUUUCUUAGAUAUCCUAUAUUUUAAGUAAAGAAUUAGUGAGCUCAUACACUAUUUUUAAAAAUAUUGUCGGUUAAGCUACUUUGCAAAUAUUUGUUUUUAAAUUUCUAUAUUUUAUGAAAAUAAUUAUUGUGCUCACACCUACAAUUUUAAUAAAUUUACCGCUUUGCCUACCAAUUUGUAAAAAACUUUUAAGUAAGAAACAAAUUUAUUUGCUGAAGUAUAAACGCCAUAUUAUUGUUAUUAGUUCCAAUUUACGCCAAUUUCCAAUGGAAAUUCAAAUUUUCUUCGAAUAGAUACAUUUUGUAAACAUAUUAAUUCUACGUACACGUAUUCUUAACAUUAGCCAGAAUUGCAGUAUUUUCUUAGUUUUCAACCAAAUGCCAGCCUAUUUACCUUGUGUACGAUUAUUUAGCUAUUAAUAAUUCAAAUAAUUCAAAAUUCGAACUAUUAUUUCCAGUAAAUACUUUUAGCGAUGACAAAAUCGAUUUUUAUAUUCUUGUACAUACUAUGUACAUAUAUAGUUAGAUGAAUAGUUUAGAUUUUUAAAGACUUUUAGUAAAUUAUACCAACGUUCGUAUUUCCCACGCGAUUUCGAAAUUCAAUUUUUUUUUACUUUUAUAUAUUGUACAUACAUACUCGAAUGUACCAAAGUUAUUUCGUUGGUAUGCAAAACUGCUCAUACCAUACUCUGCUCGUUUUAAAUACCUAUGCAUAUAUGUAUAUGUAUAUAUAUGCAUAAAUAUACAAUAUGUGUGUUGUUAAUACAUAUGUAUGUUUCCUAUUUGUAUGCAUAACUCCACAGCGGUUGGUUCAUCCGCUGACGUCAGUCGCCAUUUCGAGUUGUUGCUUUAAAAGGCAUUAAGCGGAAAUCCAACACUGUCUUUGCGCAUAUACAUACAUACAUAUAUAGUUUAGCAAAUGAUACAUAUCUGUUUCAAGUUAUAUUUAAUGUUUUCGUAUUUAAGUUUUAUUUAUUCGUCUGCUGUCAUUUUUUACGCUAUUUUGUUUUCUUAUUUAUUUAUUAUAUUUUUUUACCUGCAUUUAUUUACACUUUUGACGUGCUGCUUGCUUACGUUUGACAUUACUCAGCGCACUAAAUUGGUUGCUGGCAAGUACGAGUCUGCAUAUCUAAUUCGCAGUGUGAUAAAAUCAAUUUUUGUACAAGAAGUCAACAAUUAUUUUAUUAUAAAGCUUAAAAUUUUAUGUGCCGCCUAUUUCUGUGUAGUUUUCCACGCAUUCCUUUUGCAUAUGCAACAUUUAUUCUUCUUAUUCAAGCGGCAAACACAGUUCACUCUGAGGCAAACAUACAAUUUGACAAUUUCUAAAGUUUUUCAUAGUUGUCAGUCGGCAGUAAAAAAAAAUUAGUGAAAAGCGGCAAACAAAUAUAAGUGCAAAUUUGAAAACAAAAGUUUUUGUAUUGUAAAAGAGCGACAAAAUAGAAGGAAGCUUAUUACAAUUGCGCCAAGCAAAUAAAAAACGGGAAUAAUACAUAAAUAAUUUAUUGCAAAUUAAAAUAAACAUUGUGCUUCAAAGAUAACAAUUUGUUGCCUUGAACUUAUUGCAUAUGUGUUGUAGAGUGCAGCAAUCUUAAAGCAAUUUCAACUGACAUUAUCAGUCUCAAUUUGCCAUUGCUGUCUUUAGAUAUAGCAUAAUUGCUUUGCUUACAUAUAUUUAAUUGCGGCAUUUUUAUACCGUUUCAACCGCAGUUCAGCAAAACAGUACAAAUAAUAAUAAUUUUGAUUAAAAAUCAUUAAAAAAAACGCUAAAAAAUAAUCAACAAUUCUAUAUUUUGAAAACAUAUUAUUGAGUGUGGGAAUACUUUAAUUUAUAUUUUUUUAUUUCAUACAAAAUGGCUGACCAACUUACAGAAGAACAAAUCGCUGAAUUCAAAGAGGCAUUCUCGCUCUUCGAUAAAGAUGGUGAUGGCACCAUCACGACAAAAGAAUUGGGCACAGUGAUGCGAUCACUGGGACAAAAUCCAACAGAAGCCGAACUGCAAGACAUGAUAAAUGAAGUCGAUGCUGACGGCAAUGGCACCAUUGACUUCCCCGAGUUCUUGACAAUGAUGGCACGUAAAAUGAAGGAUACCGAUAGUGAAGAGGAGAUUCGAGAAGCCUUUAGAGUAUUCGAUAAGGACGGCAAUGGCUUCAUUUCAGCGGCUGAAUUGCGUCACGUCAUGACAAACUUGGGGGAAAAGUUAACAGACGAAGAAGUGGAUGAAAUGAUCCGGGAGGCUGAUAUCGAUGGUGACGGUCAGGUCAAUUAUGAAGAAUUCGUGACUAUGAUGACAUCGAAGUGAGCAGAUAAAUUACUUGUUUUUAAGCCUUUCUAUGUUUUUAAGAUGUUGACGAAGACUGUAGCUGGGCGCAACAACAUCGCGCGACGCUGUUGCUAUGGAAACCAUGAAAAAGAAAUAUAAAAAAAGAAAUAUAUAAAUCUUGAGCAAAAGGGAGAAUUAAAUAUAUAAAAAAAAUAUUAAAACAAAAAGAAGAAGAAGAAAAAAAACAGAAUACAUUAUAAUAAAUUACACUUUAAUAUUUAAAAUAAAGAUAAAAAAUAAAACUUACAACUCAAUGUAAUAAUGAUGAUAAAGACAUACUAUACAGACACAACACACACACACACACAUCCAUACACAUUCACUUAAACAACAACAACCACAUGCAAAUAUACAUAAGCGUAUGCUCUAAAGCUAGCAAACAACAGAACAUUUCCUAUAUAUUAACAAGCAUUACGAACACUGAACACCAACAGCAACAACAACAACAAACAACAACUUAGUACUUACCAUACAUAUAUUAGCUAUAUUUAUUGUGUGCAUCAGGCGCAAGGUCCAUUUGUAACAAAUGGGUCCUCCUCUUAAUAUGCGCAUAGAGCGAUGCCGCAAUCGUGUACUAAUUGAUGAAAUUGUGUUUAGAAGAAAUUCAAAUUAAAAAAGAAUUAAGAAAUAAAUAAAAUUUGAAUGAAAAAAUAAACAACUUUUUGCUGAUGUUUACUCUACACACAUAUACAUACAUACACAUAUGCACACAUAUUACGAAAUAUUUAAUUAGUCAAAUAAUGGCAAGCAUAACAACUAGCUGUGAAAACACACACACACACACAGACAUACACACAUAUUUAGAGAUUGUAAAGCGAAAAAAAAAAACGAAUGGAAAGCGAGUUAACUUGCCUACAUACAGACAUUUAUGGCAAAAACGAAAGGUAUAAGUAAAGUGGGAAGAGUAUGUAAGCAACAAAUGCCACAAAGUAACAGUUAAGCAACACAUACGUACAUAUUUAAAUUACAAAAAUAAAAAAGCAAAAAAAAAAGAAGUGAAAUUAUACGCUAUGGAUUAGUAAUAACUGUAAAAUCGAUCAAUCAACCGCAACAAUGACAGACAAAACAACAACAACAAAACAUAAAAACAAUUUACAACAACAAACAUACAGGCAUAUAACAAUAACAAACCCACACACACACACUUAAGCAACAGUCUUAUUGAAUUGUAUUAAAAAAGUUAAAUGAAACCGAAAAGUAACGGAAAGCCAUAGAGAAGCAUUAAGAAACAAAAGCAAAAACGGAAACCAAAAACAAAUAGGCAAUGCAGUACAGUUUUGCGAUGUGUUUGUAGUAGAGAGAGGACAGGACAGGACAGCUUAGGUGACAUUAAAAUAUGUGAACGCAGAGCGUUGAUAAAUAUAGGCAAACAAUGAGAGCAAAAAUACCAACAAUUACAAACAAAACAAAACAACAACAACAUACCAAAUUUCCAACUGCAUAAAGCGAAAACAACAACAGCAAAAGAUAUAAAAAAAGUCAAAUAAAUUAAACAAAAAAAAAAAAAGUACAUGGCAAACAAAAAAGCGGCAAAGCAGAAAACGAAGCGCCGCUUCGUUGCAAAAAUAUUUGCAGUGCAAAAAGCGUGUAAAAAAAUUGAAAAGCAAGCAAAUGAACACAAAACACACAAAUUAUAGAUUGUAGCUAUAAAAGGCAUUUCUAUGCAAGUUAAAGAAGAGCGGCGGCUAGCAGAAAAUUUAAAAUCGAAAAAAUAUUAAUAAAAUAUGUAAAAAAACAACAAAAAUCAGAGUUUUAAGCAUACAAGCUGUAUGCAUGUAUAGAGAAAGGGAGGGUGGCAAGCGGGCCAGAAAACGGAUUUGAGUAGCUAGAACUGAAACCAAAAGCAAUUGAUUGGUCGUGAGCGUUGACGCUGUGUUGAGGUGGCGUGUUUAGCAGAGCAGCUGCAAAGUUAAUAUUUAAGAGAUUUUAUUUUUUUAAACGAUUUUUGUUAAUUAUUUUAUAAUUUUUUUUUGUUUAAAAAUUGGUUAAUUUUGUAAAAAUAUUUUUUUAACAAUUUUUUUUUUAUUAAUUUUUUUAAAAUAUUUUUACAAUUUUUUUUUUAAUAUUUUAAAAGUAUUUUUUAACAAUUUUUUUUAUUAAUAUUUUUAAAAUAUUUUUUAACACUAUUUUUUUUUAAAUAUUUUAAAAGUAUUUUUUAACAAUUAUUUUUUAUUUUUUUUUUAAUAUUUUUCUUGGCCUUUUUUUUUAAAUUUUUUUUAUACAAAUUUUGUUAAGAAUUUAAUUUAACAAUUUUCUAUAUAAUUUUAUAUAAUAUAAAAACAUGAAUUUAUGAACUUAUUAAAAUAUAGCCAAUACCAGUUUUUAGUAAGUCUAACACGCACAUGCACACGCUGGCGCACAACGAGCUGCAUUGCAGACAACAACUAGGUAGGCAUGCGCAUGCGUAUGUGUUUUGUGACUGUGAAUGAGUGAUUUUUUUUGGAAAUUCAGUAGAAAAUUACGAAAUUUGCUGCAUAACUUAGGGCGUACUAACUGCUGUGCAUACGUGUAGCAUACAAAAAUUGGUUUUGUUUCAAUUAUUUUGCAGGCGAAAAUUUUUCAGCGUCAACGAAAGCUGCAUGCGGCGUUGCGUACAAGCGAUUGUCGAUUGUAACGCCUAAAAGUAGACCACGCACUUAAGUAUUAUUUUCAAAUUGAAAUUGAAAUUUAAAAUUAUACAAUUUUUUUUAUUCAUUUAUAGCGAAUCCGGCAAGCUUCCAAAGCGAAGGUGUUGAUUUUUUUAAGAUUGGAACAACUGCAAAAGUAAAAAAAUGAAUUUCCGCUAAGCAUUCACAAUCAACAAACGCUUGCGUCUGCGCUGCGCUCUACACAAUGGCGCGACGGCGUGUUUUGUGUGCGUGUGGCGCUGACUCGAACUCGGACGACGAAAAAAACAGCAACAACAACAAAAAUAUGUACAUUUCCCAUUGUACCUACAUAAUAUAAUAUAUAAAAAAAAGCAACAACAAAAAAUUACACUAUAUAAUAAGUAAUAUAUACAUACAAACAUACAUACAUAUGUACAUCAAUGCAUGUAUGAUAAAAGCAGCAAAGCAAAAAAAAAUAACAACAAACAAAAAGGAAAGAAAAUAAAAUGCAAGAAAGUUUAAUCAAAUGUGUGCUUUAGACAGCCAGUCUCAGUACUACAGUCUUAGUCUGUCGACAGAAACAAAAACAAAAA